AUGGCUCUCAGCGGUGGGGUAUACCCAAUGGAUCACGCGAUGGGGUAUUCUGAAGAACCACAGACCCCAUCGAACAAAGGCUUCGGAGCUGAAAUAUUCAAGAUCUUCGGAGGAGGCGGCAGUGGCAGCAUUGCUAGUGGUGGUAUGAGGAAGACCACGCGAGAUGGUCAGCAGCCCAAACGCCGUGGCCCCAAGCCGGAUAGCAAGCCUGCACUCACCAGGCGGCAGGAAUUGAACCGUCAGGCCCAAAGGACACAUCGCGAGCGAAAGGAACGAUAUAUCAGACAAAUGGAGGUCGAGGUAUCGCGGUUACGGGAGGCCUACACCACCGAUAUUACAGAAGCCGACGCAUCAAUUCGACAACACAAAGAGAUGCUUCAUUCAAUGCGAUUGGAGAACGAAAUCCUGAAAGAAAUCCUUGUCGCGAACGGAAUCCAAUACGAAGCGGAUUUAGAGCGCCGCCGGGCGGAACGUCCACCCAUGGUGGCUUAUCAACCGAGCCCCGUUGCUGUCGCUCCCAGCAGCACUGCGUCGCAGUCUGCCCCUAUUGCCCACUCGGCGAGCAACCACAAUACCACCCCCGCAACCACGAUCUCAUCUGGAAUGAGUCCCCGCGCCAAUGGCAUGGACCAUCCCGAGGUCUCGGCGCCGAUUGGAUAUGUAUCCCAACAGCAAGUGUAUCACACGAGUGCAGUCGAGCAUUCCAUGGGCAUGGAUCAUUCAUUGUGCGGGCCCGUUGAUACUAUGCAGCCCAUGCCAGCUACGCAGGGAGGUGUCUUUGAAACGGACCCCCAGUUGCAGGUUGACUUUAUCCUAACACUCGAAGGCCCUUGCCGCGAACACACAGACUAUCUCUGCCGGCGGUCGAUCACAGAAGCCGAAGACGAAGACAUGCCGUUCUCCGGACACGCCCUGAUGGCAACGUGCCCACCGCCUAGCUACAUUGCGAAAACGACACACGAACAACCAUACCCGCACAAGGCACCGGACCUCCCACACGCAAAUCUUAGCACACUACUCAACCUCAGCCGGCAGCUUGUGACAGAAGGACAAAUCACGCCUAUCAUGGCCCUGCAGUGUCUCAAGAACCACGAGCUGUACUCGACGCUUCGGCGUGAGGACGUGAAGAUCAUCAUGGAUACUCUCAACACCAAGGUCCGUUGUUACGGUUUCGGCGCUGUAGUCGAGGACUUCGAGUUGAUAGAUUGUCUGAGCAGUGUGCUCGGCACUAAGGUCGAUCUCGGCAUGUCCGGCACAGCCGAUGACUCGAUGUAUGGUUGA